CGUCGCGCCUUUUGGUUUUUUUAUCGUUUGACCGAUUAGUGAUUAUAAAUAAGUUUUUUUUUAAAUAAAGAGAGACGCAUUUUAGCCGUUUUGGCUAUUACUCGAAUUAAAAGUGAUUUUUAACAAAUUAUCAGUAUGGCUCCGCUAAACAGUGACAGUUUGGUGCAUGAUGAUAAUUUACUUAAUUUGGAAUCAGGAAGAAAGCUGGCUCAUCCUGACCCUGGAGAAGAGAUUGUUAUUUCGGGCAUCGCUGGACAAUACCCCGAUUCCAGAAAUGUCCACGACUUCAGAGACAAUUUGUUCAACAAAGUCGAUAUGGUAUCGGACGACAACCGGAGAUGGGAGCCCGGUCAUCCGGAAAUACCUCACAGAACAGGGAAAUUGUUCGAUAUCGAGAAAUUUGACGCAAGUUUUUUCGGUGUCCACUACCGCCAAGCCAAUUCGCUGGAUCCAUUGUCUAGAAUCCUUCUAGAAACAGUCAUGCAAUCCAUGUUCGACGCUGGUCUUCAUCCGUCAGACCUGGAGGGCACCAAUACUGGGGUGUUCGUGGGUGUAUGUUUCAGCGAAUCAGAAAAAACUUGGUUCUGUGAUAAGCGAACUUCGCAAAAUUUUGCAUUGACUGGGUGUGACCGUUCAAUGGUAUCCAACCGUAUCAGCUACUUCCUUAAACUAAAAGGACCAUCGAUGACCUGCGACACGGCCUGCAGCAGCUCGUUAUACGCCUUGGAACACGCCUACCGAGCCAUACGAAGCGGUCAGUGCGACCAGGCCAUAGUUGGAGGCGCCAAUCUAUGCCUCAACCCCAUCGUCUCACUGCAAUUUGCUCGAUUGGGUGUCCUCAGCACCGACGGGUCCUGCAAAGCUUUCGAUAACGCCGGAAACGGAUACGCCAGGUCAGAGACUAUCAGCGCCCUCAUCCUGCAGAAGUCGAAAGACGCGAAACGUAUCUACGCCCAUGUGUUGCACGCCAAAACCAACUGUGAUGGUUUCAAGGAUUCUGGAAUCACGUUUCCGAGUAGGGAUAUGCAAAUAAAAUUGUUUAGGGAGUUUUACGAAGAGUAUGAUGAAGUUAAGCCGGAAGAUCUCAGUUUUCUGGAGGCUCACGGUACGGGAACAAAGAUUGGGGAUCCUGAGGAACUGCAAGCGAUCGAAACUAUUUUCGUUAAGAACAGAAAGACGCCCUUAAUGAUUGGAUCUGUUAAAUCUAACGUAGGACAUACGGAGCCCUCUUCUGGAAUGUGUUCUAUUACAAAGGUCAUAAUUGGUUUAGAGACUGGUAUCAUUCCACCAAACAUUCGUUACAAUGUACCCAGAGAGGGCGUCAAAUCAUUAGCUGAUGGUACAAUUAAAGUAGUCUCUGAGAAAACUCCAUUUAAAGACGAUAACGGAUUAGUAGGUAUAAACAGUUUCGGCUUUGGUGGAGGCAAUUGUCACGUUCUUCUUAAACAUAAUGCCAAAAAGAAACUAAAUCAAGGAAAGCCGCAAGACAGUAUUCCCAGGCUGGUAUGCGUUAGCGGUAGAACGCCGGAGGCAGUCAAUGUACUUUUAAGCGAUGUGAUUUCAAACAAGCUAGAUGUAGAACACAUAAGAUUGAUCCAGGAUAUAUUCAGGAAAAACAUCGAACCUCACAACUACAGGGGCUACGUUUUGGCAUCAAAAUCCCGCGAAAUCAUUCGAUCCUGUUCUUACUUCGAUUCUCGGGCACCUUCUCUUUUCAUAUGCUUCGGCGACAUCAGCGAAGCUACCAGAAAACGAGCAAGAGAAUUUUUAGAAGUGCCAGUUUUUGCUGCAACAGUUCAAAAAAUACACGAAGUCCUAACAUCAAAACGCAUCAGUAUAAUGGACUUAUUACUGAAAAACGACAACCAAUCAGUUCUGGACAUAUGUUUAGCCAAUGUGACUCUACAGUUAGCUCUGGCUAACAUUCUAAGAGCCAUUGAAAUAAGACCUACAAGAGUGUUCGGAGUUGAUAGAGGAUUUUCUUUGGGAACUCUUGUUUGUGGAUAUUUUGAUGGAGCUUUAACUCUGAGUGAAGUGGUCGAAUUAGCUUUUGCCAUUGGUUCUGCUGCCCACGCUGCUAAUAAGAAUGGUCAUACCGAUAUUUACAGUUUACUAAAAACAAAUGAAAAAAUUGUAAAGAAUUUACAAGAGACUUUGGCCAAGAUUGUUCCCAAACCACGAAAAUUAAGUAAGAACGUCAUUGUAGACACUGAAUCUACAGAAUUAAGUGCUAUUUACGUAUCGAAGAGUAUCGGAAGCCUUAGUGUGGUAGAAAAUGUAAGAAAGCUUUUCAAAAAGAGUUUCGUCUUGCUUGAAAUUGGCAACGGUAAGGUUGGUGAGCUUUUAAAAAGUAGCAAGAAGAAAGUCUCACUUGUCAAUACAGAAGGAGGGUUGCAAGAAUUCCUAUUAUCGAUUGGAAGAUUGUAUGAAUUGGGAUUCAAUCCCCAACUUCAGCAUCUUUAUCCGAAAGUUCAGUUCCCAGUUAGCAGAGGCACGCCAAUGAUCUCACCAGCUAUUAAAUUCAAACACGAAAAAGACUGGCACGUUAGUAUAUACAGUUGCACCGAUAACGCAGAGACUGAGGAAAGAUCGUUCAAAGCAUGCUUGAAGCAUCCUGAUUAUGCUUACAUCGCCGGACACACUAUUGACGGAAGGAAUCUGUUUCCUGCUACUGGAUACUUGUAUAUAGUAUGGAACACUUUUGCCGACUCGCAGUGUCUACUGGUUCCUGACACAAAAGUUGUGUUUGAAAAUUGUAGAUUUGUUAGGGCACUGCAGAUGCCUGCCAACGUUCAGGCCAAACUUGAUCUCACCGUUACUAUUCAGAAAGAAUCCGGAAAAUUCGAAGUAGCUGAAGGUAACGCAACUGUAGUAACAGGUAGAAUUCGUUUGGCUGUGGACGACCAAGAUGAAGUAACGCCUCUGCCACAUCCCGUUGGAGUACCCAAUUCGACUGUUCCUUAUAUGACGAGAAAAGAUGUUUAUAAGGAACUCAGAUUAAGAGGCUAUAAUUACAGCGGAAAGUUCAAAGGCAUCCAGUCUUGCGAUAUCAGCGGUCAAGUAGCCACAAUCAGUUGGGAUGGAAACUGGGUGGCAUUCAUGGACAAUAUGCUUCAGAUGAAGAUUCUACAAGAAGACACGCGGUUACUCUACGUUCCCACUACCAUUGCGAGAUUGACUAUCGAUGCGAAGAAACAUAUUGAAUAUAGUAACACGUUUGGGGAUACACCGAAUGUUCCAGUUUACGCAUCCAAGGAAAGUGGCAUAAUAGCAUCGGGUGGUAUUGAAAUCCGUGGUCUCAUCGCAAGUUCCAUAGCCAGAAGAAAGUACCUAGGUAGUCCAGUUCUAGAAAAACACGUGUUCAUACCAAACAUUGCUGAUCUCAAGUUGGAACAAGCUCUUCGAGUCAACAUGCAACUUAUCCUGGAGAACGCCUACAGUAUACACAUUAAAGUAGCCGAAUUGGUUGAUGAAGCAACUCCGGAAGAAAAUCUCAUACUUGGUGAUAUUGCUUUUGAUGUUCUGGCUGAUCAACCAUUAAUUCAACCAAAUAUCACUGUAUUAAGUAAAACUGAAAUUGAAGUUAGAAAUGUCACUGUGGAAGACAAAAAGCUGCUUACAGAAGUCGACUGUCAUUUAGUUAUAGGCUCGAAACUUUUAGAACGGCACACAGUGUUAAAUGUAGCUUUGGGAUCAAUUCAAGAAUCAGGAUUCAUCCUAUCGCGAGAAUCUUUAGAUUUCGAUCCGUCAUCUUGCAAAUCCGACGAAACUACUUUGAUAACCGUCUUCAGUACCGAACAAGAAAAAUUAGUGUUCCUUAGAAAAGUAACCGAGUUCAAACCACCGGUCGUUAUAAAGAUCUCAUCCUCAGAUACGGAAUUUUCAUGGUUGCCGAAAGUGCGAAGUGUAUUGGAGAAAGAAAAGGAUGGAAACGUUCUGUUGUAUAGUUUAGGAGAGACGGCAAGUGGUAUUAUGGGAUUAUUCAACUGCAUCCGUAGGGAACCAGGUGGUCUAAGAUCCAAAUUAGUAUUUAUACCAGAUACGGAAGUGCCCGAAUUCGACAUAAAUCUACCAUUUUAUGAAUCCCAACUGAAAAAGCAACUGGCUUUGAACGUCUACAAGAACGGACAAUGGGGCACAUAUAGACAUUUGCUUUUUGAUCAGAGCAACAUAAUUCAGAGGGAGCAUUACUAUUUGAACUCCUUAAUUCGAGGUGAUUUAAAGUCGCUCACUUGGAUAGAAGGGCCACUUUCACUGGAAAAUCCAACUUGCAAGGAACCCGAAGAGACAUGGGUAGCUGUGUACUAUGCUGCAUUAAACUUCCGAGACGUUAUGUCAGCUACAGGAAGAAUCAAUGUGGAUACAAUUACCAGAGACAGGAGGGAACAGGAAUGCGUACAAGGUUUCGAAUUUAGUGGCCGUUUACUAAAUGGAAAAAGAGUAAUGGGCAUGGUAACAAAAGGCGCAUGUGCGUCUUACGUUAAAGCUGAAAAAUCGCUUUUAUUUGAAAUUCCCGAAUCGUGGACAAUGCAAGAAGCGGCCACGGUUACAGUUGUUUAUUCAACCGCCCUCUAUGGUUUAAUUGUGAUAGCACGACUAAAACCUACGGAUUCUGUAUUGAUUCACUCCGGAACUGGAGGUGUUGGCCAGGCUGCAAUAAAUCUUGCCCUAGGAAAGGGAUGUACGGUAUAUACCACAGUCGGUACGCCAGAAAAACGCGAAUUACUAAAGAAGUUGCAUCCAGAGUUAACAGACGAUCACAUUUUCAACUCAAGAGACACUAGCUUCGAGCAACAAGUCAUGAGAGCCACGAAAGGAAGAGGAGUGGAUAUCGUUCUAAAUUCUCUAGCCGAGGAAAAGCUUUUAGCAUCAGUUCGCUGCUUGGCCCAAGGCGGAAGGUUUCUGGAAAUCGGAAAAUUCGAUUUGGGAAAUAACAAUCCGUUACAGCUCCAGUUGCUAAAGAAAAAUGCCAGUUUCCACGGAAUUAUGCUGGAUGCGCUUAUAACACAAAGAAAUAUGAUCAAGCAUACGCUUGUUAAGCUAAUAUUGGAUUCCUUAAGUAAAGGUCUACUAAAACCACUGGACGCAACCAUAUUUGAAAAGGAUCAAGCUGAAGAAGCUUUUAGAUAUAUGGGCACCGGAAAACACACCGGAAAGGUCUUGAUUAACAUCCGGCAAGAAGAAGAUCUCGUAGUAGAGCCUUCAAGAGUACCGUAUCCCUGCGUACCUAGAUACUACUGUAAUAGCGACAAGAGUUAUAUCAUCUGCGGAGGUUUGGGAGGCUUUGGACUAGAGUUGGCUGAUUGGUUGGUAUUAAGAGGUUGCAAAAAAUUGGUUCUAACGUCUAGAUCCGGAAUCACAACAGGCUAUCAAGGUUACAGAAUAGGAGUAUGGAGAUCCUACGGAUGCACGGUGCGGGUUGCUACUGAUGACAUUACAACUGAAAGCGGAUGCAUAGAUUUGAUCAAAAAAGCUAACGAAUUGGGACCAGUCCAUGCCGUUUUCAAUUUGGCCGUGGUGUUGCAAGACGCCAUUUUGGCAAAUCAGACCGAAGAAAUGUUCAAGACGAGCUUUGCACCAAAAGCCGGAGCAGCUCACCACUUAGAUAUUGUCACCCGCAAAUACUGUCCAGAACUCAGAGACUUUGUUAUGUUCUCUUCGGUAUCAUGCGGUAGAGGAAAUGGUGGACAGACUAAUUAUGGUAUGGCCAACUCCAUCAUGGAAAGAAUCUGCGAAAACCGAAAAGCUGAAGGUUUACCAGGUCUAGCUAUUCAAUGGGGAGCCAUUGGUGAGGUUGGUUUGGUCGCUGACAUGCAAGAAGAAGCUAUCGAAAUUGAAAUUGGUGGAACCUUGCAACAAAGAGUUUUCAGUUGUAUGGAAUCUCUUAACCUAUUCUUACGACAAAAUGAAGCUCCUGUAGUUUCCAGUAUUGUGGUGGCUGAGAAGAGAUCAGGAGUUGGUGUGGGAGAUAAUAUUGUUAGCGCAGUUGCUAACAUUUUAGGUAUUAAGGAUUUGAAAACGAUUUCUCUUCAAGCAACGUUAGCUGAAGUAGGAAUGGACUCCAUGACGGCUGUUGAGAUCAAACAAACGUUGGAGAGGGAAUUUGAGGUAUUUUUGACUCCUCAAGAUAUUAAAUCGAUGACUUUCGCUCGUCUACAGGAGAUUCAAGAUGAACGAGAAAACGAAAGUGCAGGAGGUAAGAAGGAACGAGCAUUGAACGGCUUCGAAAUGAUCAUUGGACAUCUUUCUGCUGAAGAUCCUCCUGAAAUACCAGUACUCUCAUUACAGGGUGAUCCGACCGAGGUACCAUCUUCAAACCCAAUAAUUCUAUUCCCUGGAAUAGAGGGAUUGGUGGAUGUAUUAAAACCACUUUACCCCAGUUUAAAGGGAGAUCUAGUUGGCUUGCAGUUUUGCAACUCGUCUCAAAGAGACACCAUUGAUGGCAUGGCUGAUGUUUGUCUUGAGUCGAUAGAAGAAAGGCUGUCACCAUCAGAACCAUUUAAGAUCAUCUGCUACUCGUUCGGAGGAUCAGUGGCAUUGCAAGUGGCCAAAAAACUGGAAGAAAGAGGUUACAGAGGUACCGUAGUAUGCAUAGAUUCAUCGCCAGAUUAUCUGACGGCUCUAUCCAACCUUUUGGAAGUCGGAUCCGAUGACAAGAUUCAAGUGAGCUUGUUGGUGCACCUGAUGACUUUACGAAUUCCUUUUGAAGUCAUAUCUCCACAUUUAGAAACGAUGCUCAAACUUCCCGACUUUGAAGCCCGAAUGGCCCUAGCCGAAAAAAUAGGAAGCGACCAAAAAGAAGUAUCAGUAGAGAACCUAAAAGUCUUUACAGUCAGUAUAUACAAACGUUUAAAAGCGUUGUUGACAUGGCAGCCCAAUAUCCAACUAAAAUCGAAAUUAGUCCUCCUUAAACCGACGCUGACUAGUGUCGUUUUGAAGGAUGCGGAUUAUGGUUUGAGCAAACUGACGGAAACUCCCGUUGAAGUGAGAGAAUUCGAGGGGAACCACGUGUCGAUUUUGGAAAAUCCGGGUUUGGCGAAAGCGAUAAACGAAAUAUUUUGGGGCGAAGAAGUCGAUGAUUCAGAAGAGAGUAAAGAAGAAGAAGUAACCAAGGAAGAGUAAUAAUAACUUGUUAUAGCUUAUAAUAUAUUUGUGGUAUUUUUCAAAUAUUUUAGAAUAAUAAUUUGUACUAUAUUAAAUAAAGAAAUUGAUAAAAUACAAA